AUGUAUCGCGCUUUUUGGGACAAGCUGUUUCUCCUUAGUGGCUAUUUAUUUACAUACAGCCAAGUGCAGGAAAAUGCUACUUCAACAGCCAUGGCAAUGACUCCCACCACAACCAUCACUAUACCUGCUAUCAAUACAACAGCAGUGUCAAGUACUACUGUUAGAAAGUUCCUAGCAGCAGCAGUCCACUCUCACUUUGCUGACUGUCCUGACUCCCACAGCCAUUUCUGCUUCCACGGUACAUGCCGCUUCCUCAUCCUGGAGGAGACACCAGCGUGUGUGUGCCAUCCAGGCUUCAUAGGUAUACGUUGUGAGCAUGCAGACCUGCUGGCAGUGGUGGCAACCAACCAAAGGCAGCAGACGUUGGCCACCAUAUUGAUGCUGGCCAUAUUGGGAAUUCUCCUGCUUGUACUGCUUUGCACCGUAAUAAACUGUUGGUGGAGGCGGGGAAGAUGUAGGCGAGGACCUCUGCUUUCCUCAAAUAAACCAAAUGGCAUCGUAAAGAGUGGGACGUCCUUCUCUGGUGCAGAGACGGGUAUAUAUUUUGCUGGAGCGAUUGCUUAA